AUGAGAAGAACCCGCACCAGCACUACAGCUUUCAGCAGUCGAAUGCUCCAAAUUCUGUUCAGUCUUCAACCACACAAGCUUCAAAUCAAACAGGUUUACUCUAUUUUCUCUUUCUCUCCCAUUAAAUAUCACUUCUCCACCAAAUGUCUUGAAGAACCACAAUCGUCAUCUUCAUCGUCAUGUCCUACCCACAAAACAAACGACCAACACGUAGAUAUAUCUUCAAUUGACUUUUCUGGCAUUGCAAAAUCAGUCAUAUUGAGAUGUUCACAUCAUUGGGAUAAUAAAGUUGAGACCUUUGACAACUCUUCUCUCAAAGACUAUCUUCUCAAACUUUCUAAUCUAUCCCCUGAAACCAUCCGUAGAUUUUGGAGGGUUUCAGAGCUAAAACGCCAAGAUGUUCUUGAAAUAUUAUUGGGUUUUGAUUAUAAUAGUGGUAAAUUUGAAUUUGAGGCUGAAAAGGUUGAAUCUUUAUGGGGAAUUUUCAAGUGGGCUAGUAAGCAAAGUGGGGAUUUUGAGCAUCUUCCUCAGUCUUGCAAGCUCAUGGCCUCGAUGCUUGUUCAGGUGGGAUUGUUUAGGGAUGUUGAAUUCUUGCUUUCAACAAUGGAAAAUCGAGGACUUGUGUUGGAUAAUCAUGAAAUUUUCAGUAAGUUAAUUGAAGGGUAUGUCAGUGAUAUUGAACUAGACAGGGCCAUUUCAGCAUAUGAUCGGAUGAGAGGGCUAGGUUUAGUCCCAUCUUUUUUGUGUUAUUGUAAUUUGCUUAAAUUUUCAGUUCAAAGGAAUGAAACCCAGUUAACAUACCGAGUUUGUCUGGAUAUGCUAGAGAUUGGGUUGGGUAUGGGUAUAGUUGAAAAAGGUAUUUAUGAAGAUGUGAUUAAACUUCUUUGCCGUGAUGGAAAAGUUCAGGACGCCAGAAAUCUCUUUAAGAAAACUAUUACUCUUGGAAUGGUACCCAGUAACGUAGUUAUUAAUAUAAUUGCCAGUGGUUACUGUGAGAAGAAGGAUUAUGAUGAUCUACUGAAUUUUUUUGUUGAAAUGAAGUCUGCACCUGAUGUUGUGGUUGGCAAUAAGAUCAUAUUUUCUCUGUGUAGAAAUUUGGGCACAGAAAGAGCAGACUUGUUCAUGCAGGAGUUUGAACAUUUAGGUUUCUGCCCUGAUGAGAUAACCUUUGGGAUCUUGAUAGGUUGGAGUUGCCGUGAAGGAAAACUGAAGAAUGCCUUCAUCUAUCUAUCAGAGGUUUUGGCAAGAUGCCUAAAACCCCAUACGUAUACCUAUAAUGCUCUUAUCAGUGGUGUCUUCAAGGAGGGUAUGUGGAAGCACGCCCGAGACAUUCUUCACGAUAUGGAUGAGAGGGGAAUAGCACCCGACAUCUCAACUUGUAGAGUUCUUUUAGCAGGAUACUGUAAAGCUAGACAGUUUGACGAAGUGAAUGUGACGGUUAACGACAUGGUGGACCGUGGGUUGAUCCAGCUCUCAUCUAUAGAAGAUCCUCUAUCCAAAGCAUUGUUGUCAUUGGGGCUCAAUCCAUUGACUGUAAAGGUGAGACGGGACAAUAAUGUGGGUUUUUCUAAACCAGAGUUUUUUGAUAAUCUUGGGAAUGGACUCUAUUUAGAAACAGACCUGGAUGAGUAUGAGAAAACUAUGACAGCUGUUCUUGAUAAUGCCAUGGUCCCCUGUUUUAACUCCCUUUUACUGACUGAUUGCGCUGUUGGAAAUCUUAAAACAGCAGCAGUGAUGGUAGAUGAACUGGCUCGUUGGGGGCAAGACCUUUCUUUGCUUGCUUUCUCAACAUUAAUGAAAGGUCUCCGUGCAUCCCAUUGCAGUGUUAAGCCACUAACCUGGUUCCUGGAUAAAGUACCGAAAUCAAUAGAUCAACUAGACCAAGAAACUCUCAAUUUGCUUGUCCAAGCACAUUGUAAACAGGGUCUCACAUACAAGGCAAUGGUAAUUUUUAAUGAAAUGCUCCGAAGCCAUUUGGAAAUUGAGAAUGAUACAUAUACUUCUCUCCUACUGGGUUUAUGCAAGAAAAGAAACUUGAAAGGCCUCAUUGAUUGCUGGGAACUCGCACGAGGAGAUAAAUGGUUACCUCAGAUAAAGGACUGUAAAGCUCUUCUGGGUUGUCUUUGCCAGAAAAAAAUGCUUAAGGAAGCAUUGGAGCUUUUUGAAACCUUGCUGGUGGCAUACCCUCACAUGUUAUUGGAUUCAUGUCCUGCUUUCCUCAAAAUAACUUGUGAUACAGGUUUUACCAGCGCUGCACAUGUUUUAGUGGAUGAACUUUUAAAACGUGGUUGCAUCUUGAAUUGCAUGGCUUAUAGCCAUCUUAUAAAAAGCUUUUGUAAGGAGAAACGGUUUAUAGAAGCCUUCAUGAUGCUUGAUAUUAUGCUUGCUAAGAAUUUGGCUCCACCCUUGGAUGCUUCUGUCCUAUUAAUUCCUCAUCUGUGUAGGGCUGGUAAGUUAGAGCAAGCAGCUGUUCUGAAAGAGAUGGGAUUGAGAGAGCAACCUUCCGAUUUGCGUUCCUUUUAUUGCAUUUUGAUGAGUGGAUUCUUCAAGAAAGGGAUGGUUGGUGAAGUGGCCAAGCUAUUCCAGGAUAUGCUUUCGAAGGGAUUACCUCCAGAUGACGAGGUUUAUAACACGCUGGUUCAAGGGUAUUGCAAAGCUAGGAGCUUCUGGAAAGUUCGGGAGCUACUUGGUGUUAUGAUUAAGAAGAACUUAAGCAUCUCAAUCUCAAGUUACCGGAAUUUGGUGCGCCUGAUGUGUAUGGAGGGUAGGGCUUCUUUUGCAUUUAGCAUAAAAGAGCUGAUGCUUAAGGAAAGCAAUCUUCCAUAUAUUGUUGUUUACAAUAUUCUGAUAUUUUAUCUCUUCUUAUCGGGAAAUAGAUUGCUUGUGGAUAGCCUUUUAGAUGAACUUCAACAGAAAGGGUUGCAAGUCAAUGGAGUCACUUAUAAUUUCGUUGUUCAUGGAUUUUGUUGCAGUAAAGCUAUGUCACGUUCUCUGCAAUAUCUAACUAGUAUGAUACGUGAAGAAUUUAGACCCAGUGAUCGCAAUUUGAGAGCAGUAGUAAGUCGCCUAUGCUGUGAUGGGGAGCUCGUGAAAGCCCAAGAGUUGAGUAGAGAAAUGGAAUCAAGAGGGUGGGUUCAUGGUUCAACCAUUCAAAAAUGUAUUGUUGAGGGACUCCUUACUUGUGGUAAACUACAAGAAGCAAUGGACUUUUUGGAACGGAUGGAACAAAAAGGCCUAAAUCCUGACAACAUCAAUUAUGAUCAUCUAAUCAAGCGGAUUUGUUGGUGUGGAAGACAAGACAAGGCAGUUCAUCUUCUAGACGUAAUGUUGAAGAAAGGAAACAUCCCACAUCCUACCAGUUACGAUACUGUUAUCCAAGGCUUCUGCAAAUGUCUUAGAUUGGACCAAGCUCUGGAUUUCCUUACUGAGAUGUUGGAGAGAAACCUUAAGCCAACCUUCGACACGUGGAACACUCUUAUUUUCCACUUUUGUGAGAAUGGACACACUGCUGAAGCAGAAAAGCUACUUAAUUCCAUGGUUCAAAUAGGUGAGAGUCCAAGCCGGGAGAUGUAUUGUUUUGUGAUUAAUCGGUACAGUUUUGAAAACAAUCUUGGCAAGGCAUCAAAGGUCUUGGAAACAAUGCAACAAAAUGGUUAUGAACCAGACUUUGAGACUCACUGGACUCUCAUAAGCAGUUUAAGCAAUACGCGUGGCAAGGAUAAUGGGAACAACAGCAAUCAUUUUCUGUCAAGGCUUCUUUCUGAAAGUGGGUUUUCUAGGAAGGAUCCCAUGGUCAAACUCAGGUAG